CAUAUUUUGAAUGUUCUAUUACCUUAUCCUUUCCAAUCUCUCGGGUGCCUGGGAAGCCACUGUUACUUGUUGUGUCACGCUGACAGAAACACUUCAUUCAGCGCGAGCAGCAGUACUCUCAGUCCUUUUAUAUCAACAAAACCAUAACUUUAGGAUAAGUUCGGGUGAUGGGAGAAAUUGUGACCCAAGUUCAUCUUAAUUCUUCAUAGUUUGAGCAGGGUACUCGACGUUAUAACGCUUAUAUACAAUUCUGUUUUCAGCCAAUCACAGUACAAUGGCCCGUGAACCUCUCAUAGAACGACUGCUAAGGACUCCAGCAUUCGUAAUGUUGGGAGUAUAUGCAAUACCACAGUAAUACAAAUGCUUUUAGUAAAACUUUUUUUAAUUGAUUAAUUUGUUUUCUUUGUUACCAACUUCUCUUCUAAAUUUCAGAACAUGAAUACUGGUGGAUUCAGAAACAGGAUGCCAUCCUGUGUCAGUGAGCUAUGCGGUUCUAACGGGUCAGUAACAACACUUAUUUCCAGGGGUUUCAAUAACCUUUUCUAAAAGCGGCUGCCGAUGGUACAAUUGGUGACUGUACCUGGAACAGGGGUCGUAAGGUGGAACCCAAAGUAAAUGGCCUGUUUGAAGAACAAAUGGCGGCAACCGGCAUCAGGUGGUGGAAACGGGCAUUAGGCGGUGGUAAGUGGCUUUGAUUGAAACUCUUGCUAAGUGAAGACAAAGGGGUUUUUUCGUCUAAUCAUGAGCAUGGCUUAACGAAAAAACCUUUGCAUCUGUGUGAGGAAUUGAGACUCGUAGACUCAGAAUAUUUUUGUGCCACACUCGUAUCAAGAACGGCUACAUGUUUUUCUCUAUUUCAUUUCCGAGCUCAAGAACCGUCUAGAUGGUUUCUAAUGGGAAUUAAUCAUCCUUUAUGGUGACCCUAUUGUUUUACUUGUAAAUAGGGCUUCUGUUCAAGCGUGUUCUACUAUAAGCAUUUCAAGGAUUAGCCUUGUGAUCGAUAUAACGCGCGCUCUGACUGACCAAAAGUAAGAGCAAAUCAGGGCAUUGCGCUCCCGUUUUAUCCAACUGGCCGAUUACGAAUUGUGCAAAUUAAGAAGGGAACGUGAGAUCUUUCAAAAUUUCUCUCACCAAUCAGAUCGCUGCAUUUGGGUAUGUAUCCUGCACUAAUCAGAUUUUCGCAGAUGGGUAUGUAUCUCGCACCAAUUAGAUUGCAGCAUUAUGGUGUGUAUCUCGCACCAAUCAUUACAGCAUUUGGAUAUCUUGCACCAAUUACAGCGUUUGGGAAUUGUUUUCUGGCAAAUGAUGUUAUGGAAUCAGGGGGCUGUGCACAAAGAAUGACAUUAACCAUAAACUUUUGGCUCAUUUGAUAAGUAUUAUGGUUUGUGGCCUUAUCGAUAGCCUAUGGAAGGUUCGCAUUUAACUUUUUUGUAUCAUUUUUAGGUUAAAACGUGUUUUUCCGCUCCUUUACUCACAACUCACCCGCCAUACUACUUACAUUACAUCGCGUACCAUGAAAACAACGUCCAAAGUCCAAUCAGAACAUACCCACUCGUUGCAUUACAUGAACAUUUGGCAAUUUUUCACGUGCUGGAAUUGUACUCCCAUCAUCAAAUUCCAUUUUGCCAUAUUGGACUUCACUCUAUCGCAUGUCAUUUCCUUGUAAACAACCUGCGUUUGAUCACUUAUUUUAACCGCAUUGUCCAACCCCACUGAAAAAAAUCGCAUGGACUAAAUGCGACUAAUAGUGAAUUUUCCCGCCUUUUGGUUUUAUCUACAAAUAAAAUCGGCUUUAAGCCACCUAGGACUUUAUCAAAUUGCGUGUUAAUUCCAUGGAAACAACCUGCAUUUUAUCAUAUAUUUCACACACACAGGGCAAAGUCCAGGUAGGUAACAACCAAUCAAAGAGCCCUCUUUGAAAUGUUCUCCUUUUCUCAUGUUCAAUGUAUCUUCACCCAUUUGAUUUUUAUGAUAAAGAACCAAAAACAAUGGUGACGUCUUAUAUGCUCUGACUUCUAAACGUUGAGAAGCGAGAACCUAUUAAAAUGCUUGGUUAAUUCAGUUUAUCAGAUGAAUAUAUAUUGAAUGCUCUUCUCAGACCUAAAUCCAUGCCGUGGCGUUCACUGUCCAUCAUUUGGAGUCUGUCAGACCUACAGUGCUCAUCAAGCUCGCUGUGAGUGUUUCAAAGACUGCCUGUCAUAUCAGGACCCGUAUCAGGACCAAUGGAACUACAUAUGACAACAAGUGCUGCCAUGAAUUGAACUACUGCAAGAGACUGGCGAAUAAUCUUGUGUAUCACCCAGGAAGCUGCUAUGGUAAGAGAGGAGGUUACACAAGUAAUUCAUUAGAAAGAGAAAACUGAUUGGGACAUAGAGGUUGUUAAGAUUACUUGUGCUGGGUGUAGUAUUAUAUCUCAGUUUAUUUUUUUCUCAGAGGCCACGGUAACGAAUCCUGCAGUCUGAUUGGUUCUUUGCGCGGUCCGUAUCUUCCUAUCUCUGCCUAAGGGCAACGGUAACGCUUUCGUUAGUCGCCGAGUACAUCCCUACCUUGGUUGCCAUUUCCCUCUUAAAUAUAUCUCGUUUUUCCUGCUGGGCAGUGUUUUUAAGCAAAGACGUCGGUCACUACCUCAAGCCAAUAAAUAACUUAUUAAUCCUCUCUUUCCUCUCACUCAAAUCACUUUGGUUGACAGAAAAAUAUUGGUUUAGAAAUUAAUUUGUAUAAGCAAAGAUGCCAUUAAAUUGGUUGACAAGCGGUCUAAAAGCCGUCUUUAAUCAAUUCUAAUCCUUCACAAAACGUACCUAGAAAGUUGAAACGUGAGGUAUUGGGUCACGAUUGAAUUCAUCGAUGGAACUUUCGUUCAUUUAAUAUCUGAAUUCUCUCAAACAAUUCGUUCGUAAUGAAAGGGCGAGCGAACUUUUCAGCUCUACAACAAAUAUACGCUCUCGGUGAGUCUUUCCAAGUUCGUUCAAUUUGGACAUUUGACCGUAAAUUGCCCAACAAAAACUGAAGGAAUUCAAUCUGAAAAAGCCGCAUUAAAUCCCCUUGUGUCUCGUUGAACUGCCUCAUUCGAAUUUAGUUUUUGUAGAGGAAAGACCAGAUUUACUCACGCCAUUGCUGCAAAUAAAGGAGCAAACUCUCACAACUUCAAAACAAAAAUUUGAUAUACUAAAAAUCUCUUUCCUCGCCAUUUACUUAAUGAACAGAAGCAAAUCUUCAAAUCACUGACUGUUUUUGAAGAAAUCAUUGUCGUGACAGUCCUUGCCAAACUAGUUUCGUUGUUUUUUCAAACGUGCACGUGCGCUUUUUUUUUCUUACGCGCUCUCUAAUUGACAGGUGCCAGAUUGUGACAGAUACUUGCACCUUGCUGCAGCAGAACAUCUAAAGACUAGGAAAGAAUAUGACGCCACGCUGUUAUGGACCGAGGAUAUAACCGAGAGCUCUGCCAAAAUUUGUCUCCGCGAAUUGCUGAACUUUGAUGGCAAACAUGAAGACACUAAUGUGGUAUGUGUUUAUUUUUUAAAAAAAUGUAAGUAUAACUAUUUUGAAUCAUGAUGCUUUAGAUUAGUGAGUGACACAAGCGAACACAGUAAAAAAAUAAGGGUGCUAACAGGAAUGGAAUGUACAAUCAGAAUAGUGUAUUCUUCGGAUGCCUUUCCACUUAAAAAAACCUUGAUGUAAACUCGGGUUAAUAAUCAAUUUUUAACCAAGAUUGCGUAGACCGCGCUUUGAUCGAGUGUCGUAAAACCGAAAACUAAAACGACUAGUUUGAACAAAAUGAAAUAUCUUAGAGCGAACGAAGUAAUGAGAGGCAACGCAUGUAAUGACCUUGCUCAUUUUAAGCGCCGGAAACAAGUGACCUCGUUGCGAUUUGUUGAGACUUUGCUUGUGACUGGCUGAAAAAGUGGCACAAGUUCUUUUGACCAAUCAGAAACCUUGUUGAGGCAAAACCAAUCUUUGACACUGAAUUGAAAAUUUGAACCUUUAGAUUUGUCUGACUUCCAAUCAAAGAGCCAACAAAAGUAACCUAGUCAACGCCUUCAUGUUUCUCUGUUUAUUGCUUACACUUAAUGCUUGCGUUGCACACACGAGCCAACCCCUAUUUAAUCAAUUAGAUUUCAUUACAGCUGUGCACAUCUUUUCAAAUUAAUUUUUUUCCAGAACUGGCCAGCAUUUUCCAAAUUGCACAAGCCAUUCUUCGCUGAACAUGGCUCUGUUUUUUUUCCAAACACAAAACCAGCAAUCGAUGAAAAUAACAACGCUUACUGCAAGGUAGGUGAAAGGCCCCUUGGAAAGAAGUGGCAAAUUUUAACUCAGCCAGGAAUAGCUGGUGAUAAAAUCAGUUACAAUUGGUGACAGUGGUGAAGAUGUCAUUUAUUUGUUAACUGUUUCAGAUGUUGCCACAGGGCAUACGUUUUUCCGGUUGCUAUGUAUGAAAUUUUCGAAUUGAUUACUUGAUUGUAAGUAAUUUGACUUGUCGACAAGGCCUGUUUUAGGCAAAUUUUGAGAAUAAUUCUUAGACGUAUAGCAACUCAUCGUUAUAAGUAUGAUGUUAAAAACGAAUAAACGUUUUUUUCCUGGACUUUAAUGAUGUUAAGCGCAUGAUUAUUAAAAAAAAAAACGACAAAAUUGCAGAUCAAGAGCUUCCACGAUCUGAGUAUUUUUGGAUUUCCUUGCAGUUUUUACAUUUCACCCGGAGUUACAAUGCAACACCAGUAGUCCUUUUAUCAGCCAAUCACAUGGAAACUCGGCACCAGUCCUCAACGGAAUCACAACAUGGAUUGAGGUAAAUCAUUUCCACAGGUUCAAACAUGAUGUAUGCAAGAGGUUUUGAACAUUACAAGAGUUUCUAACGAUGAAUUUCCAUGAAAGAAUACGAUUGAUCCAAAAAAUUGGUCGAAAUUGCAGACAUUCUUUGUCCUUUGGAAGUCUUCUUCCCUACAGGGGAAAAUUUCCGUUUAAGGUGUAUUAUGUUCGUUUUCAGGGAGCGAAAUAUAAUCAUUUCAGAUGGUGUGCUAUUGCCGAAAAUUGGUGUUUCUCAAUAUUACUAUCAACGUUCUAAUUUAAAGAAGCUUCUUCGCUGAUGAGACUUGCGCUUAUAGGAAAUUUGAAUAGUGUACUCGUAAUAUGGGCAAAGUUCUUUUUGACCACGAAACCCUCACCAUUCACCAGCUCAUAUUGCCACGUUAAAUCUCACAGCUGAAUAAGUAGAAAUAUUCAGCCUGUCUUCCUCGGUAUCAUCACGUUCACCAUAUCUUUUCAAGACAUGAACACAACAGGAUUCAGAGAAAUUGUAUGAGACAAGAUACAACCCCGUAUCAGUGAGCUAUGUGGCCCUUACGGGUUAGUGACAACACUGCAAGUCUUUAAUUUUCAUAUGUGUUUUGUAGACGGUGUCUCGUAGCAAGCAACUAGCUCUAGUGGUUAUUUAUUCUUUGAGUGAAACAUCGCCUUUGUGUUAAUCGCAUCCUGUGAUCUUAAAUUUUGGCAGGUAUCUGUGAUCCUGGAUGGAAUUACUUCAAUGGCUACUGUUAAUUUACUGGUGAAGCCUGUUAAAACUGGACCACAGCACUGUAUAAAUGUCGGAAAGAAAAUUCCGUUCUUGUUGAUAUCGCUAUAUUACAUAGCGGAUUAACACAGGAGUUUUUCAUAGUGGAUGAACAGCCUUGCUUUUCACUAAUAAUUCUGUAGAGUUGUAAUCGGACUGUUGCAUUAGCCAAUCCCUUCGAGUACACUGAAAUGAAUCCACCAAUCACAUUUGAUUACUGCAGCCACAGCAAUGGCAUAUCAUCCCAAGCUGGGUAUUUUCAAUAGUGCAAGAGAUCUCUAAUGUGUUUUUGUGAGACAGUAAUGAUUAUGUGUUUAUGAAUUGGAAUUAGGAGCCCCUCUUUGGAUAAAAACAUUUUAUUUUUCUCUGAAAUUAUAACGGUUACAAUAAAUUGAUAACAGGCCAUUGUUAAGAAGAGCGUAACUUUGCGUGACAUUACCUUGCGUUAUGCCUUUUCUGUGAGACAGUGAGUGACAGCUGUCAAGUGAUUUUACGGAUAAAAACCAUGCGGGUCGCGCUGUGUCUGUUGUUGGGAUUCAGGAUUCGCCGGGAGUCAUCGAGUGUUUUGAUCAUGUCUCGCCAUAACAUCUUUCUGUUAUUAUUUUUUAAUAAAUCGUU